GUAUAAUAGAGAAAUUUCAUUUGAAUUUAACCAAAGAAGAAAUUCAGCAGCUCAUAACAAAAUAUGAUUUUAAGAGUGUAGGCAAGUUUGCAUACUGUGACUUCCUUCAAAGCUGUGUGCUGCUGUUUAAACAACAAGAAGUAUCUCCUCUGCAGAGACUUCUGAUCCAAAACUCACGGGUCCAGAACAUCCCUGGACCACAGUCCCCCACCUUUCUCAAUGCAAUGAUGAGGAUACAACCCCAGAUCCUGCACUGCUGGCGGCCAAUGAGGCGGACAUUUAAGUUCUAUGAUGAAAAUGGGACUGGCCUUCUCAGCAUUCAAGAUUUCCGACAGGUGCUACGAAAAUAUGGAAUCAAUCUCUCUGAAGAGGAGUUUUUUCACAUCUUGGAAUAUUAUGACAAAAACCUAACUUCCAAAAUCUCCUACAAUGAAUUCCUCAGAGCAUUCCUGCAAUAAGAA